AUGUGUUUCAGGAGGAAGAGGAUGGCUGCCCUGCCAAGGGCAUGUGCCGUGCUGCUGCUGCUGUCCCUGCUCUGCACCACCACCCUCUGCCAAAGGAGCAAAAAUAACCGCUGUGUGCAGAGCCGGGCAAAGAGCUGCUCUGAGUGCAUCCGAGUGGACAAGGAGUGCUCCUUCUGCACCGAAGAGAGCUUCGACGAGCCCCGCUGCGACCUGCGGGAGAACCUGCUGCGCUACGGCUGCAGGGAGGCCAGCAUCGUCUACAUGAGGGGCGAGAUACGGACAGAGCAGAAUAUCAGCAUCAACACGCGCCUGCAGAGGACCCAGGUGGCCCCCCAGGGCAUGUUCAUGCGGUUGCGGGCUGGGGAGGAGAUGAGCUUCUACAUGGAUGUCUUCCAGCCCCUGGAGAGCCCCGUGGAUCUCUACAUCCUCAUGGACUUCUCCUACUCUAUGUCCGAUGAUCUGGACAACCUCAAAAGCAUGGGCCACAACCUAGCCGACUUCCUGCAAGCCCUGACCUCCAACUACACCAUCGGCUUUGGCAAGUUUGUGGACAAAGUCUCGUCCCCGCAGACAGACAUGAGGCCUGAGAAGCUUCGCGAGCCCUGGAACAAUGCCGACUCCCCCUUCUCCUUCAAAAACGUCAUCCGUCUGACCAACAACAUCAACUACUUCAGCCAGGAGCUCAGGAAGGAGCGCAUCUCCGGCAACCUGGAUGCCCCUGAGGGCGGCUUUGAUGCCAUCCUGCAGACAGCUGUGUGCAAGGACAAGAUCGGCUGGAGGAAGGACAGCACGCACCUGCUCGUGUUCUCCACCGAGUCUGCCUUUCACUACGAAGCUGACGGCACCAAUGUCCUGGCAGGGAUCCUAGCAAGGAACGACGAGAAGUGUCACCUGGACGCCAGGGGCACCUACGUGUAUGACACCAAGCAGGACUAUCCGUCGGUGCCCACCCUGGUGCGCCUGCUGGGCCAGCACAACAUCAUCCCCAUCUUUGCUGUCACCAACCACUCCUACAGCUACUACGAGAAGCUGCACAAAUAUUUCCCCAUCUCUGAGAUUGGGGUGCUCCAGGAAGACUCAUCCAACAUCGUGGAGCUGCUUCGCACAGCCUUCGAGCGCAUCCGCUCCAAGAUGGACAUCCGGGCUGACUACGUCCCCAAGGCCUUGAAGACAGAGUUCAGCUCCUCCAUGUACCAAAAGACAGAAUCCGGCUCCUUCAACAUCACCCGAGGGGAAGUGGGCAAGUUCAAGGUGCGCGUGAGGGCACUCGAGUACGUCGGUGGGCAGCAUGUCUGCAGCCUCCCGGAGAAAGACCGGCAGGGAGUUAUCCACGUGAAGCCCACGUCCUUGAGCGACAGCCUUGAAGUCAGAGCCUCGGUGGUCUGCGAUGUGUGCCCUUGCGAACAGCAUGCAGUCGUCUCCUCACCCAAGUGCAGCUUCCAUGGGGACUUCAUCUGUGGACAGUGCAUCUGCCACAAAGGCUGGCAAGGGGACACGUGCCACUGCUCCUCGGAAUUGUCCUCCAACAAAACAGACUGCAUCCGCCCUGGCGAUGAGAAGGUGUGCUCGGGCCGGGGCGAGUGUCUCUGCGGGAAGUGCCAGUGCAACCUCGAGGGCCAGGCACAGCGCUUCGAUGGCGACUUCUGCCAGUAUGACGUCCUGCAGUGCCCGCGCACCUCCGGCUUCCUCUGCAAUGAUCGCGGUCGCUGCUCCAAGGGUGCCUGCGUGUGUGAGAGCGGCUGGGAGGGCCCAGGCUGCGAGUGUCCCACGAGCAACGACACCUGCAUCGACAGCCGGGGGGGCAUCUGCAACAACCAGGGGAGGUGCGAGUGUGGCAGGUGCAUCUGUGACAAGGCAUCUGUGUACAUCAGCUCCACCUGCGAGAUCAGCUACUCCCUGGGCUUCCAGGCCGUCUGCGAGAGCAUCCGGGACUGCGUUCAGUGCCAGGCCUGGGGAACAGGCAACAGGAAAGGGAACUGCAGCACGUGCCACCUCCAGGUCCAGAUGGUGGAGGAGCUGAAGAAAGAGGAGGCCAGCGAGCACUGCUCCUUCCAGGAUGAGGAGGAUGACUGCACCUACCACUACGCCCUGAAGGGAGACCCCAGCAUCCUCCCCAACGCCACUGUCCAGGUGCAGAAGAAGAAAGAGUGCCCUCCGGGAAGCUUCCUCUGGCUCAUCCCGCUGCUCAUUUUCCUGAUCCUUCUCCUGGGGCUGCUGCUGCUGCUCUGCUGGAGGUUCUGCGCCUGCUGCAAGGCUUGCCUGGCCCUGCUUCCCUGCUGUGCACGAGGUCGCACGGUUGGCUUCAAGGAGGACCACUACAUGCUGCGCCAGAGCCUCAUGUCCUCCGACCACCUGGACACCCCCAUGGUCCGCAGCGGGUCCCUCAAGGGCCGGGACACCGUCCGCUGGAAGAUCAACAACAACGUCCACAAGCAGGGCUUCGCCUCCCACGCUGCCACCGCCAACCCCAAAGAUCUCAUUUCCUACGGGCUGUCUCUGAGGCUGACCCGGCUUUUCACGCAGAACCUCAUGAAGCCAGAGAGCCGGGAGUGCGAGCAGCUGCGCAAGGAAGUGGAGGAGAACCUGAACGACAUUUACAAGCACAUCCCAGGCUGCCACAAGCUCCAGCAGACCAAGUUCAGGGUACAGCCCAAUUCUGGGAAAAGGCAGGACCACACCAUCGUGGACACUGUGCUCACUGCCCCUCGCUCAGCCAAGACAGACAUCAUCAAAGUCACCGAGAAGCAUGUCUCCCACGAGGCUUUCAAUGACCUAAAGGUUUCGCCAGGUUAUUACACCGUGACCUCAGAUCAAGAUGCUCACGGGAUGGUGGAGUUCCAAGAAGCCGUGGAGCUGGUGGAUGUCCGUGUCCCGCUCUUCAUCAGGGAGGAUGAUGAUGAUGAGAAGCAGCUGCAGGUGGAGGCCAUUGAUGUCCCCACCGGCAUCGCAGAGAUUGGACGCAGGCUGGUCAACAUCACCAUCAUCAAAGAACAAGCCAGCAGCCUCAUCACCUUCUUGCAGCCAGCCUACUCCCACAGCCGCUUUGACAAGGUGGCCAAGAUCCCUGUCCUGCGGGAGAUCAUAGACAACGGGAAGUCCCAAGUCACCUACAGGACCCGAGAUCUCACCGCCAAGGAUGGCAGGGACUAUGUCUUUGCAGAAGGCGACCUGAUCUUCCAGCCCGGUGAGACCCGGAAAGAGGUCCAGGUCUCCCUCCUGGAGCUCACCGAAAUAGACACCCUCCUGCACAACUGCCAGCUCAAGCAGUUCGCCAUCGACCUUCUCCAUCCCAAGUACGGUGCCAAGAUUGGCCGCUACCCCCAGGCCACGGUGACCAUCGCUGACCCAGAGGUGGUGGAUGGCGUCCCCCCGCUGACUGGCAUGGGCCAGGUCACCCAGUCCCCCAAAGGCCGCCUGGGUGCACCGCUGAAUCCCAAUGCCCAGGCUCUCAGCUCCAGGAAAAUCCGUUUCAGCUGGUUUCCUCCACCAGGAAAACCCCUGGGGUACAAGGUGAAAUACUGGAUCCAGGGGGACCCCGAGUCAGAAGCUCGCCUCAUCGAUGUCAAAUCACCAUCGGCAGAACUGAGUAACCUCUACCCCUUCUGUGACUAUGAGAUGCAAGUCUGCGCCUACAAUGCCGUGGGUGAAGGGGUCUACUCCGACAUCGUCCACUGCCGCACGCUGGAGGACGUGCCCAGCGAGCCUGGCCGCUUGGCUUUCAACGUUGUCUCUUCCACCGUGACGCAGCUGAGCUGGGCUGAGCCCGCAGAAACCAACGGGGAGAUCACGGCAUAUGAAGUCAGCUAUGGACUUGUUAACGAGGACAACAUACCCAUUGGCCCAGUGAAGAAGGUGCUGGUGGAAGACCCAAAGAAACGCAUGGUGCUGAUAGAAAACCUGCGGGAGUCCCAGCCCUACCGUUACAUGGUGAAGGCCAGAAAUGGUGCUGGCUGGGGGCCUGAGAGAGAAGCCACCAUCAACCUUGCUACGCAGCCCAGGCGUCCGUUGUCCAUCCCGAUCAUCCCCGAUGUCCCCAUCAUCGAUGCUGAAGGAGGUGAGGACUACGACAGCUACCUGAUGUACAGCACAGAUGUGCUUCGUUCUCCAGUUGGCAGCAAGCAUCCCAGCGUCUCUGAUGAUUCAGAGCACCUGCUGAACGGCCGGGUGGACUUCUCCGGCAGCAGCGGCACACUGACCAGGGCAACAAACACCAGCUACCACCAGAUGAGCUCACACGUGCAGCAGGAGCACAGGGUGAUGGGCAGCUCCUCGCUGACCAGAGACUACUCCACGAUGAUGAUGGGGCAUGAUUACCCAGGGAGACCCCUCCCUCCCAUCCGUGAAGAUGCUGGGAGGAAAAUCCCGCUGCCCCGGGAUGUGGGUUUCAGGAGCAGGGCAAAGGUGAAGGGUUACUACCCCAGCACCGGCUUUCGGGACUCUAUAAUCAUGACUGAUGGGUCCGCAGGGAUUUGCAAGUACAUAGAUUCCAGGCUGCCGCUGGGCGUCCCCGACACCCCGACCCGUUUGGUCUUCUCCGCCUUGGGGCCCACCUCCCUGAAGGUGAGCUGGCAGGAGCCGCACUGUGAGAAGGAGGUGCAGGGCUACAGCGUGCAGUACCAGCUGCUCAACGGAGGAGAGGUGCACCGCCUCACCAUCCCCAACCCCAGCCAGAACUCGGUGGUGGUGGAGGACCUGCUGCCCAACCACUCCUACAUCUUCAAGGUGAAGGCGCAGAGUGAGGAGGGCUGGGGCCCCGAGAGGGAAGGAGUCAUCACUAUUGAGUCCCAGGUGGACCCACAGAGCCCGCUCAGCCCUGUUCCAGGUUCCCCCUUCACUCUGAGCACACCCAGCGCUCCCGGACCACUGGUCUUCACUGCCCUCAGCCCCGAUUCCCUGCAGCUCAGCUGGGAGAGGCCCCGCAAGCCCAACGGGGCCAUCCUGGGCUACCUGGUCACCUGCGAGAUGCUGCACGGAGGAGGGGAGCCCAGGAAUAUCUACGUUGAAGGAGACAAUCCAGAAACAACCCUGACCGUGCCCCACCUGAGCGAGAACAUCCCGUACAAGUUCAAAGUGCAAGCCAAGACCACCCAAGGCUUCGGGCCGGAGAGAGAAGGCAUCAUCACCAUCGAAUCUCAGGACGGAGGCACUUUCUCACAGUUUGGAGGACAGCAGUACAUGAGAGAAGUGUACAACUUUCCUACUGAAUACACCACCAAAACCAGCAUCAGCCACUCCUCCCUGGACCCCCACUUCUCAGACGGCAUGCUGAUGACGACCCAGCGGGUGGAGAGCGCCAGCAGCACCCUCACCAAGCAGGUCACCAAAGAGUUCGUCAGCAGGACCGUGAUGUCCAGUGGGACCCUCACCAAGCAGAUGGAGAGGCAGUUCUACGAGGCCUGAGCCAGGGCAGGCUGCCUGCCAGCGGGAUGCCGCCGUUGGGGCUAGCAGGGCUUCAUGGCACGGUUCAGGAGUGCUUCAUCCAGACUCUGCCGUGGUGCCUGGGCAGCUCCUCCCAUGGGCAGAGACUUUCCAGGGCACUUCAGGCUCUGGAGCUCUCCUUUAGAGCCCAGCGCACUCCAAGCUCUCGCAUGGUUGGGUCAUCAGGCGGGUGCUUGCCAUCCCGUCCUGCCUUGCGGAGCCCCAGUCCUGCAGGAUCUACAAGGAUGCCUUCCAUGAGCAAUCAUCAGUUGCUCCAACACCGUUUUGGAUGCCCACCCAUCCGAGCACUCCUGCAGAAGUGCAGGUGCCUCGAUGGCCCCAGCCUCCCCAGGUAAAUGGAAGGCAAUGAUUUAUUCCCGGGUCCUCAGUUUUAAGAGGAGCCCAGCUGAUGGCAUCCUGAAACAGCCUGAUUUAUAGAGGGUCACCGUUCCCAUCUUUGCUCCAGGCUCUCUGGAAAACAGCUGUAUGCUGGAGAGGGUGAUUUUGUUCUGGGUUAUUUUAAGAGCUGCAUGGUAGCGGGUCAGGGUAACCUCUGCUUUCCUACUGCACCUGUCCUUCGCUGCUAACCUUUGGUACCACGAUAGCAAAGUAUAGCCUUUCAUCUGUAU